CAGCGCCCCGUUCCGACCCCAUCUCGUCCCCACUUCCACCCCCACCACUCCCACCAUUUUCUCCGCCCCGCGUCACCUCCUCGCAUCGUCGUCCUUCUCGCCACGGCGCGCCUCCUCUGGCUUUCCAGGAACCCUAGCCCCUUCGGUCCCGUCCAUGAGAUUUUCCCCGCCGGGCGUGCGGAGGCAACGGGUUCGCGCGCGUGCUGUCGCCUUAGAGUGCCCCCACCCCACCUCCCACCCCGGACCCGGUCGUCGGCCGCCCCUCGACUUCGGCGAUGUUCGAGGGCCACGUGCUGUUUUUGCUUCGCAAAUAUUUGGGUGAAUAUGUUGAAGGACUUUCUGUUGAAGCACUUAGAAUAAGUGUGUGGAAAGGCGAUGUCGUCCUUAAAGACUUGAAACUGAAGGCUGAAGCACUCAAUUCUCUUCAGCUUCCAGUAACAGUGAAAGCUGGGUUUGUUGGCACCAUAACAUUGAAGGUUCCAUGGAAAAGCUUGGGUAAAGAACCAGUUAUUGUUCUUAUUGAUCGUCUAUUCAUUCUUGCUCAUCCUGCUCCUGAUGGGCAAACUCUGAAGGAAGAAGACAGAGAAAAGCUUUUUGAAGCCAAGCUUCAGCAGAUUGAGGCUGCAGAGACAGCAACUCUUGAAGCGACAAGUAGGAGCUCAAAAGGAGGACCUAUACCAGGAGGAAAUUCAUGGCUAUACAAUUUAAUAUCUACAAUAAUUGGAAAUCUUAAAGUCACCAUCAGCAACGUACACAUCAGAUAUGAAGAUUCUGUCAGCAAUGCUGGGCAUCCAUUUGCUUCUGGUUUCACUUUAUCGAAACUUGCAGCUGUUACAGUUGAUGAGGAUGGUAAUGAGACGUUUGAUGCAGGUGUAGCAUUAGAUAAGCUGCGAAAGUCGGUCGAACUGCAUAUGUUAGCCAUCUACCACGAUUCUGACAGCAAUCCUUGGAAGCUCCCCAAGAAAUGGGAGGAUCUUAAUCCUGGUGAAUGGAGCGAGGUAUUUCAAGAUGGCAUCGAUGAUCGUCCUGGCAAUUCUAUUUGGGCGAUGAAUCGGAGAUAUUUGGUUUCCCCUAUAAAUGGAACCCUUAAAUAUAAUCGACUUGGACAGCAGGAAAGAGGGGACCUGAACAAUCCUCUAGAGAAAGCAUCACUUGUCCUAAGUGAUGUUUCUUUAACAGUUACUGAGGCCCAGUAUUAUGAUUGCAUUAAACUGUUGGAAACAUUUUCAAGAUUCAGGACACGUGUUGAUGUUUCUCACUUACGGCCUAUUAUGCCUGUUAAAGAGGAUUGUCGUGCUUGGUGGCGUUAUGCUGUGCUGGCUGGUCUGCGACAAAAGAAAUUAUGCUAUUGGUUCUCAUGGGAGAGAACUAGAUAUCUGUGCCAGCUUCGUCGUCGUUAUGUUCAACUUUAUGCCACCCUACUGCAGCAAGCACCUAGUGUUGAUAUUUAUGAAAUUCGGCAGAUUGAGAAAAUUCUAGACUCAAAAGUUAUUAUACUUUGGAGGUUGCUGGGUCAUGCUAAAGUUGAAACCGUGAAAUCUAAGGAAACAUUGCAUAAGAAGGGCUCCUCAAAGAGAAGAUGGUGGCCUUUUGGAUGGAACUCGGCUGGGUUGCCUUCUGAAGAAGGCGGCGGAUUAGAACCACAGUUGGAUGAGGAGCAGCUAACUAAAGAAGAGUGGCAGGCUAUAAAUAAAUUGCUAAGUUACCAACUGGAUGAUGAACUAUCAUUUCCUGUUGAAAAGGUCUCACCAAACACAAUCCGCUUCUUGGUGGAUGUGUCUAUUGGCCAAGCUGCUGCAAGGAUCAUCAAUAUUGGUCACACAGAGGUUAUGUGUGGUAGAUUUGAGCAGCUUCAAGUGGUCACCAGUUUGUAUCUGAAGAGUACUCGAUGUGAUGUAACUUUAAGAUAUUGUGGUCUGUCAUCCCCUGAAGGUUCUCUUGCUGAGAGUGUCGUCUGUGAGGGGAAGACUAAUGCUCUAGAUGUCAGUUUUGUGCGCGCACCUAUUGGCAUGGAUUUGGAUUGGCAGUUUGUGGCAAAGAUAUCUCCAUGCUAUGUUACG